CAGAAGAAAGAGAGGCGAGUUCAGUUAUAAGCGAGCUGGCUUCGAAGGCGGUGCAAAGUUUGGAGUGGUCGUUAAAGCGGAUAACCAACAACAUCAGUUCGGGAAAACCAAGCCACAGAUGACGUUGAAGGGCAGAGUUUGGGGGGAAGCACCGCAGCUGUGGCUGCUCCUCCUCCUAGGAACUAUUUCAUGCAGCUUAUGGGCUUCAGUGACCGCCAGGACAGGUCCUUUGCACGAUAAGGUGGUUGUUUGCUACAUUUCCACCUGGGCUGUUUACCGACCGGAGCAGGGUGCCUAUGCCAUCGAUAACUUCGAUCCCAACCUGUGCACCCAUGUGGUUUAUGCCUUCGCGGGUCUGGACAUCACCCAGGCAGCCAUUAAGUCGUUGGAUCCCUGGCAGGAUCUCAAGGAGGAAUACGGCAAGGGUGGCUAUGAGAAGCUGACCGGCCUGAAGCGCAGUCAUCCGCAUCUAAAGGUCAGCCUGGCCAUCGGCGGUUGGAACGAGGGAUCGGCCAACUACUCCACGCUGGUGGCCAACGAUCUGCUGCGCGGACGAUUCGUCAAGCAGGUGUCCAGUUUCAUACGCAAGUACAAUUUUGAUGGCCUCGAUCUGGACUGGGAGUAUCCCACGCAGCGGAAGGGAAAGCCAGCCGAUCGCGAGAACUUCGUCCUGCUGACCAAAGAGCUGCGGGAGGAAUUUGAUGAGCACGGAUUACUGCUGACAUCCGCCAUCGGAGCGGCUAAGAAAGUCAUUGACGAAGCCUACGACGUGCGUCAGAUUUCGCGCUACCUGGACUACCUACACAUCAUGUGCUACGACUACCACGGCAGCUGGGACCAAAGAGUGGGCUAUAACGCACCGCUCGCGGCGCCCGCUGAUGAUCCCCUCAGUGUGAAAUUCUCCAUAGAAUACCUACUAAAGUUGGGAGCACCGCCCGAAAAGCUGGUAAUGGGGCUGCCCUUCUACGGACGCACCUUUAAGACUGUGGCCGAGGGCAACCUAAACGACGUCAGCGAUGGAGUUGGCUUCAAGGGUCCGUAUACGCGGGAGGAUGGGUUCCUGGGCUACAAUGAGAUCUGUCGAACGCUGAGCAAUCAAACAUCCGGAUGGACGCAGAAGUGGGAUCCUAAAACCAGUCAGGUGCUGGCCAAGUCCGAUAGGAACAUCUUCACCCAGGAAAUCAAUGUGGUGACCUAUGAUAGCUCUCGUUCCAUUGCUAACAAGGUGCUGUUCGCCAUGUCCAAGCGGUUGGCGGGAGUGAUGGUGUGGUCCGUGGAUACGGACGAUUUCCUGGGAAUCUGCAAUUUAGACGACGAUACCUACGAGGAUUUCAAGAAAGUAACUACAGCGCCGAAGAGAUCCAGCCAGAACUAUCCCCUUCUGCGCACUAUCAAUGAGGCCACCAUGCUGGCCGUGGAAGAGCUGGCUGUUCCAGAGCCGCAGCCCGAUGACUCCGAGAACGAGAUCCCGCACGGCAGUAUUGCGGACAGGAAGAACGCCGGUGCUUCUGUAGUCAGUUUGGGUCUAGGGGUCACCGCUGUCUUCAUGCUCCUGCAUCGGGUGGCUCAGUGAGAGUUUGGGGUGAACCAAUGGUCAUAAUCUAAGAAACACAUCACACUGUUUACGUAGUCAUUAAAGUCCAAAUUGUAAUUUUUAAGAUAAA